CUGGAACUGUCUUGAUAAAAGAAGAGAGAGAUGAUGAUCAUAGAUGUGGUUGCGGUCCCUGCACUCCAUCGUGGUUACAACGCUUCAAAGGCGUGAAAUUCUUUACUUUCGUAACACUAAUCGGUCUUGCUAGUAAAGUUUAUUCCAGCUCUUACUUUGGUGCUGUGGUCUCCACGUUGGAGCGACAGUUCCAUCUCAAUAGCACUAAUUCCGGAUUAUUACUUGUUAUUAAUGAUAUUAUGGACUUCACUUUUGUGAUUUUCACCACUCAUUUUGGCCAUCGUGGUCAUCGUCCACGAUGGGUUGGCACUGGUCUACUGAUGGCCGCUCUCGGGUGUUUUUUUAUGUACUAUUCCACAUAUUAAGGACAAACAUCUAAGUAAUACUAACAAUGGCCACAAUCCCAAGAAUCUUUGCUUACGUAGUCCUAAUCCUGCUGAUCCUAAUCAAGACUUCUUCAAUGAGAAUAUUACCAACAUAGUCACGAACAUAAUGUCCGCCGAUGAGCCUGAUUUAUCAGUGUGGAGUAGUGUUUUGUGGUUGAUGUUGGGGCAAGCUCUGAUAGGAAUUGGUAGUGCCCCUGUGAAAUCACUCGCCACAACAUAUAUUGACGACUCCGUUGAAAAUCACAAGACAGGAUUUUAUGUUGCAAUGCUUUUCCUUGCUAAUCCAAUUGGUGUUAUGGCUGGUUACUUUACUAGUUUUAUCUCCCUAAAAUUUUACGUCGACUUUGAUCGUGUACCAUUGACGGAAUGGCCAAGAAUUCCGAGAUCAGAUCCCAGAUGGAUCGGCGCAUGGUGGGUUGGAUUCACGGUGGCGGCUGUUCUACUCGGACUCUCAGCGCUUCCAUUCUUUUUCUUCCCAAAACAUCCACGAAGAACUUCUAUCAGUGACAAUCCAACAUGUACGAAUGUUAGACAAUAUCCAAAGAGAAAAAAGAGUGUAAAGGAAUUGCUAAAAGGUUUGUUUCAAGCUUUAAAAAGAAUGUUUACUAAUCCAGCUAUGGUGUUCAUAUGUUUAUCCGCAUCCGCAUCGUCUGCUGCCUAUGCCGCUACUGGCGCGUUCGGAAUCAAAUAUUUUGUGGACGAGUUCGGCCAGUCAAAUUCAACCGCAGCUAUAGUUGGACUAGCUGUUCUACCAAUAUUGAUGAUUGCGUGUAUAGUUGGCGGUUACGUAAUCAAACGAUUUAAGUGGAGCGCGAGGCAGUGUGCCUUAUUUGGUUUGAUAGUGGACGCCCCCGCCUGCCUCAUGUACUUUUUCUUAAUAUUUGUGGGAUGUCCGACCAGUGACGUAGCCGGUGUGUCUGUACCAUAUAAUAUCGAACCAGUUACUGAUAUGCCUAUACAUAUUAGAGAUGCUUGCAAUUACGACUGCGCGUGCCCUGAACGGUAUAGUUAUGAUCCAGUUUGUAUCAACAAAAUAACCUAUGUAUCACCGUGUCACGCAGGAUGUACUGUCGUCGUAGAAGAAGGAAGGGGGAAGAAUAAAACCAAGCAAUACUCAAACUGUAGUUGCGUUGACCCGGGUGUGGAAGCUGAGAACGGCACAUGUCCAAUCGACGACAAAUGUAAUUUGAAAUUUCUUAUAGCAGUGAUAUUGAUUUUGAUAGCACUGGGGACCAGUAGUCUAGGAAUGAGUGCCGAUGUAUUCGUGACACUGAGGUGUGUUGAUAAACAGGAUAGGUCACUUGCGCUUGGUACCAAGAUAUUUCUGGUUAAGAUUUUAGCGUUUAUCCCUGCGCCUGUUUAUUUUGGCGCUCUUCUGAACUGGUCUUGUUUGGAGUUUGCUUACAAGCCGAAUGGAGAGGAAGGGGCGUGUUUAAUAUACGACAGAACCCACUAUCGAUAUGUCUAUUAUGGGAUGUAUACAGCACUCCAUCUUUGUGGCCUUUUUUGCUGGUUUAUGGUCUUCCUUACAGUGAAAGAGAAGAAUAAGGGGAGCCUAACUGAAGACGAGGAUACCAAUGGUCAUAACCAAUUGAUAGAAGUGGACAACAGAUUAAAAAAUUAAACAAUAAAAAAUUACAAUCAAUAGAUCAAUCAAACAUAUUGAGUGAUAUAUGGAUAAUUCAAUAACGAACAUUUACAACUUAUACGAAUAUUUUUGCAAACACUUUUAAAUAUCAAAAACAUCGUUUUUGGAACCACAUUAUCAAAUCAAAACCCAUCAACUCGAAGGUGUAUAAUUAUUUCUUAUAUGGUUAUCUUGCAGAGACUUAUCGGCGAUCAAUUUUUUUAUUUUUCUUUUUUUUUUUUUCACUCUAUUAAGGCUGGGGGGAGGACCGGACGUCGACGACCAUCCAACCCUAUGGAUCUGCUGCCCAGAAAAUAAUUAUUCUGUGAAGCCAAGUCCGCCAAAUUCAGCAAGUAUUGCAAUAACAGAAUAUUCUAAAGCAUAAUAUUGAAUACUGCUUCGUCUUUAGCUGUCAUUUUUUGCAAGUAAAAGUAAAAUUACUUUUUAAAUUAAGAACAUGAGCCAAUAAUAAUUUGUUCAUAAUGUUAAAGCAGGUAAGAUACUAGGCCUAUCCCUCCGCAAGUCUCUCCCUACGACGUGAGAAUCACGCCCCAGAGCCUCUUCUCAUUCUCACCCGCUCCACAAGCAUUUUCUCACGCCGGUCGUCGAUGGGGCCAAAAAAAAAAAAACAAAAACAAAAACAAAAAACAAAAACACAGGAAGCUAUCUCAUUAAAAAAUCGAUGAUCGGAAUUAUGUAAAGUGGCAAGCCUGGUAUGUGUAAUCCCUCAUUCUAAUGCCCAAGACGAGUGAAUCUUUCAAUGGUUCGGAAAAACAAAACUGCCUUUCGCCACAUUUAGAUAAAAGGGGAACCUUGUCAAGUAUUCUGACCAUCAAAUGUGCAAAAAAAAAAGGCCACCCGGGUUUAUAACAAUGCCCACUCACCAACUAUACAGGAGUAAGGUUAACUCUUUCCCAUUACUUAGCAACCAUCGCCGACUAUGAAUCCAGCCCGGUAUAUCAUUUAAAUAAUAAUUAUGCGAAACCCAGUUGAACUAUAAUUUAGAAAGACCUUUGCAAAUGAAAGUCAAAUUACCUUUUAAAGAAAGAAGAAAAUGAGCCAAUACUGAUUUUGUUUAUAAUGUUAAAGUAGGUAAGAUAGGCAUACUGGUAAAGAAUGUGGUAAAAAAAUGGAUUAUACAAUACAUUCUAAAAUGUAGAUAUGCCUUAUUCGUGUCGUAUUGACUUAUUUUAAUGAUUAACAUAGUCAAUGUAUUGACUUAUUUUAUGACAUUAUAAUAACAUACACACGCGUUUGUAUCAGCCGCACUCACUAAAGUGGUACGUUCCACUUACCACCACUAUGAAUACUCCACUGCUCUUUUCACCGUACUGUACAAACGUAAUUUGAAUAUAAUUCUCACAUGUGUUGCUUUUGUAGCAUGGCGAACCUCAUCCAAUAUUAUGUAGAUUCGUAAAAUUGUUUUUAUGAUAUUUGAAUAGACAUAAAUAGGAGCUCAAAAUAUACCAGUAUUAUGGUGCUACGAUAUUAUAUUUCUUCCAGAGCUGUGCACGCGUCUGGACGGUAAAUCAGCACAAACAUAAGGCCUUACUCAAUUUAUAGUAUAGAUAGUUAGAUGAUCCUUUGGAAGAUCUUAAGCGUAUAAUGUAUAAGUUGUGUUUUUUGUUACCAUCACCAUCAAAAUUGCAGUUAUAAUGACGUAUCACAAAAGGUUUUCUUUGUAACAAUAAAACCAUAACGAUAACAUAAUUACUUCGUAUCAACGGUGAUUAACAAUAAGUUCAUACAUUAAUAAUAGGCCUAGUUAGAUUUCUAUAGUACAUCAUACAGACUUUUGGUAUUUGAUCUACAGUUUUCUUUUAAUGGUGAUGGUUGGAUACAAGAAUGGUGCUACGAUAUUAUAUUUCUUCCAGAGCUCUACACGCGUCUGGACGGUAAAUCAGCACAAACAUAAGGCCUUACUCAAUUUAUAGUAUAGAUAGUUAGAUGAUCUUUUGGAAGAUCUUAAGCGUAUAAUGUAUAAGUUGUGUGUUGUGUUUUUUGUUACCAUCACAAUCAAAAUUACAGUUAUAAUGACGUAUCACAGAAGGUUUUCUUUGUAAUAAUAAAACCAUAACGAUAACAUAAUUACUUCGUAUCAACGGUGAUUAACAAUAAGUUCAUACAUUAAUAAUAGGCCUAGUUAGAUUUCUAUAGUACAUCAUACAGACUUUUGGUAUUUGAUCUACAGUUUUCUUUUAAUGGUGAUUGUUGGAUACAUGUAUAGUGCAAAGUACAUGUUCUCAAUGUGUUGAUGAUAAAGCCACAUCGUUACACGGUCCUAUUUUUAAAUACUGUUUCUGUUUAAAGUAAGCAACGAAAAAUCAUGUCAUAUUAUAUCAUGUCAUUAAAACGAAGUUAAAAAUGGUUAUGGAUAUAGUAUGAUGAUAAUAAUGACAUUGAACAUUGUCUAAAGAUGAUCCUACGAAUGACAGGUUUAAGUAUGAUAAUGAUGAUGGUCAUAAUGAUGACGGUUGGCAACGACAAAAUAUAGACAAUAACGAUGAUUUUGACGAUAAUAUCUUCGAAAAUACUUACGUUAAAUUGUGGAAAUUCUGACCGGAUGAAGCACUAUUAUGGUUCUCAUAUUUACAUUAUUUUGGUAUGUCUAUAUUUGGCCUUUCUUUGUUAUAGAGAGCUAUAUACUGUAGUUACAUACAUAGUUGGUUUUCAAUAGGUGUAUUCUUUGGUUCCACAUAUUUUCCGCUGGGGACCUUUAUAAAAGAAGGCUCAUAGGCCUAUAGAUCUAUCACAUGCUUUCCAUAUAUAAUUACUACACAUUUUAUUGUUAUACAAUGUGUUUUUGUGAAUAUUUUUAUGUUGUAGUUAAAACAUGUUUAUUCUGUACAAU